UAUGAGAUGGAGAAGGAGAAGCAUAGGAUCUAAUUUCUGAGCCUUUUAUAUACAAACUCUACCGCCUUCUCCAACCGUCAAAUUCCUGAUUUCUCCGUUGUUUCAAAGCUGAAAAAAAGAAAAAAAAAUAAAGAACUUCCAAAAAUCUUUUAUGGUAUCAAAAAACCCGAACUCGGCUGACGGAUUUUACCUGGAUCCGACUGGAAUGGCUUUGCCCGACCUCGGACCCUUCGCCAACACGGCUACGGCGGCCUCCACCGUUUCAUCUCUCGAGGAUUCCAAUAAGAAAAUCAGAAAGCCCUACACCAUAACCAAGUCCAGAGAGAGCUGGACUGAACCUGAACACGACAAGUUCCUCGAAGCUCUCCAGCUCUUUGAUCGUGACUGGAAAAAAAUUGAAGCAUUUAUCAGUUCAAAGACUGUUAUUCAGAUUCGUAGUCAUGCCCAGAAGUACUUUUUAAAGGUUCAGAAAAAUGGAACGAAUGAACACCUUCCUCCUCCUCGACCUAAAAGGAAAGCAACUCAUCCAUAUCCUCAGAAAGCCUCAAAAACUGCUCAUGGACACCCACAAGUAUCAGGAUCUUUUCCAUCAUCAACUGCUUUACUUGAUGCUGGAUAUGCUUUAAGUACUGAUCCCUCUCCAAUGCUUAUGGACCCUAUUACCAGUGCUGCUCUAUCUUCAUGGACAAGCAGUGCAAAACCCAUCAGUUUUUCACAAGAGAAAAAUGGUUUGAGGUUGACCAAUAACUCUUGUAGUAGCAGCGAGGAUACCCUGAAGACGAGACAAAUUGAAGAAAUAACUGAUCAGAGAAAUAAUGGUCAUGCACUGAGAGUGUUGCCCGACUUUGCUCAAGUAUACAGUUUCAUCGGCAGUGUCUUUGAUCCAAAAGCUACUGGUCAUCUACAGAAACUUAAAAAGAUGGAUCCUCUAGAUGUGGAGACGGUUUUGCUGUUGAUGAGAAACCUUGCCAUCAAUCUAGCAAGUCCUGAUUUUGAGGAUCACAGAAGGUUGCUUUCUUCAUAUGACGUAGAAAUGGAUACUAGUGAUGGCAGUGCGUGUAAAGCUGUUGAUAAGGAGCAAUCCAAAAGUAUCACCUAUAAUUCGAGGUGAAGAGAUAUAUUUUAAUUUUAGCUGCGCUUAGGGGUAGAAAUAGAAUAUUGACUCUGUUUUGGUGGGAAGGAAAUAGGGGGCUAGAAUCAAAAGUUUCAUAGCAAGAUGUGUUUGUGUGUUGGUAUAUAUAGUGUUGGUAGGAUAAGCGGCUUCGAAAUAUGCGAAUAAGUUUCCCUAUUCUGCCGUCAAGAAUUUAAAAGUUGAGUUGAGGACAAGAAUCACGAUGAGUGUACAGUUUUCCUUUUUUGUUUUUUAAAAAAAAAGCGGCAUUUUUUACGUUGUGGGUCUCGCGUAUAUGUAUUAAGUUUUUCAUUUUACUAGUUUUGAUGCUUUUAAUUUUUAAUUAAUUUUUAAAUAAUGUACUUUAAUUAUUAUCUAUCAUAAUGAUAAUUUCUUAGUUUUUAAAUACCAUACAAA